AUGCAGCGGCGUGUCCCCCCGAUUAUUCGUCCUCGCGACCCCAAACCCGUCCUCAUCUUCUUCCGCCAGCAGCAGAACGGCGAUGCCGACUUGCCCCGUCGCGGCUACCAGGUGGAGGGGCGUGCCCCCGUCGUUGUUGCUGAUGUCGGUGCGGGCGCCAGACCGGACCAGGAGGGAUGCGACUUUUCCGCGCUGGCCCCGCGCUGCGAGGUGCAGGGGGGUAUCGCCGUCCUUGUUGGUCGCAUCGAUGUCGGCGCCCUUUUCUAUCUCGAGGGCUGCGGCGGCUCUGAGUCCUUUCAUCGCUGCGAGGUGGAGGGGGGUGUUGCCCUGCUCAUUGCGGGAGUUGGGUGA